AUGCCCCUCUUGGCUGCCUCAGCAGCUGGCGCAGACACAAAGGAAUAUGUUGGCAACGCCGUGAGCGCCAUUCAAACACUCAACGACGAAUGGUACAAUCUACGCACCGGCAUAUGGGACAACGCAUGGUGGAAUUCGGCCAACAUGCUCACCACGCUCGCCGACUUUGCGACCCUCCGUCUCGACGAGGCCAAUGAGCUGAACGUCGGCGGCUACAUGCGCAACACCUUUAUCCAAGCGCAGAGCGAAAACGUCCAGACAGUCAAGCAACUCUCCGACGCGGGCAUGGUCACGUCGUCAUAUUGCAUCGACGACGACGUCAAAUGCACGACGAAGAGGCACUUUCUUGGGAAGCGUGGCUUUGACGACUUUAUCAACGAGUUCUACGACGACGAGGGAUGGUGGGCUCUCGCCAUGAUCAGGUCCUGGGACGCGACUGGUGAUCAGGAGUAUCUGGACUCCGCCGUGACCAUUUUCGAGGACAUGCAGACGGGUCUCGGGGGACCCUGCAACGGCGGCAUCUUCUGGAACAAGGACCGCAAGUACGUCAACGCCAUUUCCAACGAGCUCUACCUCUCGGUCGCCGCGUCACUGGCCAACCGCGUGCCCAACCGCGACUAUUACCUCGCCAUCGCAAGGGACCAGUGGGCCUGGUUUCGGGACAGCGGCAUGAUCAACAAGGACAAUCUCAUCAACGACGGGCUCGACGGCAAGUGCAAGAACAAUGGGAUGCAGACUUGGUCUUAUAACCAGGGCGUCAUCCUCGGUGGUCUGACAGAGCUGUACCGCGCGACGGGGAACAAGGACCUCCUCCGCAAGGCGCACACCAUUGCCAAAGCAGCGAUCAAGAAGCUCGCCAAUGACGAAGGCAUCCUCGUCGAGACGGACAAGUGCGAGAAGCGCAACGGCCACUGUGGUCGUGAUGGGCAGUCGUUCAAGGGCAUCUUUGUGCGCAACCUGCGCUAUCUGCACGACAUGGCGCCCGACGACGAGUUCAAGGAGUUUAUUGUCAAGAACGCCGAUGCCAUAUGGGCGCAGAACCGCAACAAGCAGGGCAUGCUGGGCGUCGCGUGGACGGGGCCAUUCAUCAAGGCGACGGGCAUGUCGCAGGGCGCGGCGCUCGAUGUGCUCGUCGCGGCGAUUGGCGUGUCUGAUUGA